AAUUGAGUUCUGGAGUUACAUAGUCGAUUUUAAAAGUCCGUAUAUAGCGUGUUCUAAGGUUCAGGCUGGCAACCUUGAAGGUUAGCGCGUGAGCGUGUUAGCCCUAGGGUGCACUGGGGUGCCUGGUCAAUUCAAGGUUGGUAGGGGUCGACGGGUUGGCUGGCUGCAGGCUGGGUAGGUAGGCUGGGUUGUCUAGGUAAGUGCUGGGGGGUACCCAGACAGGCCAGAUGCUAGGUAUUUCAUAGCUUACUUUUAGCUAUUAGGUAAGGACGUCCCGUCCCCAAACUGCCCCAAGUCCCAUCCCGACUCCCGACCUUUAAGGUUUCGGGAAACUCCAUUUUCUCAUUUGUCGCGAAACAAGCUCCAAACCAUUGUGCGCCAACAAAACGGUCACCUCUACAAAAAAAACUUCCACGGGCUUUUUCGCCAAAAACAGCUUCGUGUCGCCAUGCCUCCAGGCCGACCGCCCAAACGGCCUGGUGAAGCUGCCGACCUCGACUCUCCCGACGGCACAGCUAAAUGCAAGCUACCGAGAUUAGAUCGUGACCGCGCUGCUCCAAAUGAUUUCUCUAGCGUCGUCAAGAGUAAACUUCAAUCCUAUACGAGAACCGGGCAAGCAUGCGAUCGGUGUAAGGUUCGCAAAAUCCGUUGCGAUGCCCUACCCGAAGGCUGCUCUCAUUGUAUCAAUCAAAAUCUCGAAUGUUACGUGACAGACCGAGUCACUGGUCGGACGGAGCGAAGAGGAUAUAUGCAAGAGCUGGAACGCGAGAAGAGGGAUAUGUUAAAUCAUAUCCGCGACUUAGAAAAGAUACUUCAGCAAAAUGGCGUCGAGGUCAAACCCUUCCGCUCAUCCUCGACUCCUGUCGAUAGUUCUGCUUCCGACGGAGGCCUUGCCAAUAUGACAAGCCAGAUACCGGAUUCUAUAGGAAAGCCUCAAUGGUCCCAGUCCCAGUCUCAGUCUCAGCAUGGGCAUGGUUCGGCAACUUGGGCGAAAGAUCGAUAUCGGCCUCCGAGCAUACAUUUCUCUAGCACCCUGCGUUCGGCAGUUGAACCAAGACCGGCGGACACUCACAUAGGCGUCGGCGCGGAUCAAGCUCCUCUCAGUUCCAUCAAGGGUACCACUCUGUCCAUUCUCGGAAGCACCAUAGAUAUCGGAUCUUUCGAGGCUCCGGAUAUGGACGAGCCUUCUCCUGAUGCUCCAGCUCACUCGCCUAUUUAUAACAAAUCCGUUCAUGCCAUGUUGCGGUCCGUCGCUAAUAUCAAUCCUCCACUUCACGUCGACUAUCCUCCUAAAGCCGAUGCUUUCACCUAUGCUGAAUGGUAUUUUCUUAUGGUCUAUCCUUUUCAUCCAGUCUUACAUAAGCCCACCUUCAUAAAUCUCUUAGCACGCCUCUACGAUGACCCUAAUUUCAAACCUACCGUGGCCGAAACCACCAUGAUCCAUCUAGUCUUCGCUUCUAUAUACCUUCAGUACGGAUUUCGUAACCGGGAAAAUCCUGAGCAAAGGGCUCGUCUAAAUGAUUUAUCAAAUAAGCAUUAUCACUAUGCUUUAAGCAAGUGGUUUGACUUAUCCACAUCCAAAACUCUUUAUGAUAUCCAAGCCUUAACCAUGCUUUGUGUGCACACAAUGCGAUUCCCGAAGUCUAAUACGAGUAAUAUGCUAAGCAACUAUACCCUUGGUCUCGCCAUUGAGAUCGGGUUACACCGCGCUUGGAAGAAGCCAGGCGAAGAAACCAACCUUGAGAAUGAACUUCGAAAGCGGACGUGGUGGGCACUUCUUUCGACCGUCGUCACACUGAACGGUAGGAUGGGACGACCUAUGUCUAUUCGGUUGGAAGAUAUCGACUGCGAGUUUCCGGAGAAUAUAGCCGACGAACUUCUCUCUGAGGAUGGUGUUGAUACGACAAGAUCACUUCCGUGUCGAUACGAGAUCGGUGUUUCCGCCUUUAAGAUCUCCGCAUUAUUCCUCGAGAUGUUUGCCAACGUAUAUUCGACAAAGAGGGAUCCGAGUCGAUAUGUUCAUGUGAUCGAGGCUCUCGAAGAACAAUUGGAGAUCUGGAAAGAAAACCUUCCUCCUGGUUUAAGACCCAAUAGUGCGGGACAAAUCGAACAUGAUUCCAUGUUUGCUCUAUAUGCGGAAUACAUGUCCCUUGAAUUUAGACUCACAUUGCGACACCCGGCUGCUUGCAUAACAAAUGAUCCGAAGUUAAUAGCCGAGAAUACCAAGAUAUGUGAGGAGACGGCAAAGAAAAUGCUGUCGAUCCUCCACAAUAUAUAUAGAUUAAAGUCUCUUGAUACAACAUGGUACUGUCUUGCGGUAUAUUGCACUGCCAUAUUCUCUACGCUAGUCGCACACUGGGAAAGGCGACACGAUAUAAGCGCGGUUGAACUGCAGACCCUUCGUGCGGAUAUGAGUCUCUGGUUAACUAUCCUGGCUGAGACCGGAAGUCUCAUGGGGUGCGGUAUGGGUCUUCACGAUGCAGUGUCGUCUAUCAUAGACCGUACUAUCUCUUGGAUAGAGCAUGCCCAACUUCAAAAGGCCAACGAGCCUAUGUCGCACCCACAACUAUCCCAAGACAUGCUUAAACAAUCUCCUCACUCGCCACCUUACACCAAUUUACCUCCGCCGUCAAACCCUACUCAUCCUAACCCAAGCCACAACGAUACAGAAACGGUGAACGGCUCAGCAAGCCACGUCAUCGCAACAUCGCGCAGCAAUUAUUACGGAGAAGCUACUCCCGAGUCUGGGACAUAUCCUUCUCUUUCGUAUACAGACUCGGCUCCGCACGCGACCAAUGCUAUAUCUUACGAUCCGAACAACUCCUUCCUAUACGCGCAAGCAGCUGGACAAGUCGCCGUCGCUCAAGCGCAAGCUCACGCGCACGCCCAAGCACAAGCACAGGCACAAGCGCAAGUUCAGACAGCGGACCACAACCCACUUACGACGUUCGCUACACAAGCGACUCAGAUGACGCAACCAGCACAUAUGAUGUGGCGGCAACAGCAGUCAUCCGGCGGAAAUACCUGGCAAGACUGGACGGCCGCCAUCGUGGACAACCAGGACAGAUACAGCGCGAAUGCUUUAAUGUCCCUCGGCAGCUCCGAUCCUAGGCCCGGUGCGAACGUGGACGGCACCACUGUGGGUCUAGGGGUCAGUAUGAAUGGCGCCCCAGCGACGACUACGGCUACAAUGCAAUGGCCGUUGUUGCUUUUCUCGGAUGGAGUUAGUGGUGCUUGAAAUAUAGCACCUGUUGCUCAAAAUUCGAAAACAAGAAAUGAAUGAAGUAUUUAGACUGGGCCCCCAACGGUCCAGGCUAAUCACGUUUUGCGGAAACACUACCUUUGAGGGGAAUUUGCCCGUUAUCUCACUAAUAUACGCACAUUAGCCGAGUAGCAUUGCCUUUUCCGUGUCGGUAGGAACAGGGGACUGCUGGAAACUUGGCUGAGGCAUGGUGGCGCGUGGAGUCAUCAGGGAUCACAUUUUCUGACGAUAUGAAUGUACU